AUGGCCCGCAUCUUUAUUCCUCCCCGCUACAAGGUGGUGCUCGCCAUCGUUGUCUUCUUCUUGAUCAGCCUGAUGCUCUUCGGCUCCCCGACCAACAUCGAUCACGUACCCACCUAUCAAGAGGUCUCCGAGAAGAUCAAGAAUCCCAACCUGCCACAUCUCCCGAACUCGUACAAUCCGUUUGCUCCGGUAGCGCACGAGCCACCCGUCCAGGCCAAUAGUUCCAGCGGCGAGACAACAUGGUUCAGUGACUGGAAGUGGCAGAAUCCCUUUUCGUCAUCCAUUACCCUGGACGAGAACAGGGCCGUUCUGCCGCCUCUGAGGCCUCGCCAGCCCAUCUAUACGUUUUACGAUGGGGAUGUGAAGCAGAACCCAGCCAUUCGGGAGGCUGAAGAGCAGCUGCUUUUGCAGUGGCGCCGUGCUUGGUGGGCCAAAGGUUUCAAGCCCGUGGUUCUGGGACGCGGCGAGGCCAUGAACAACCCUCUGUACAAGACCCUGCAGCUUGCCAACCUCAAGGAGUCGCCUGAGCUGGAGAAGCUCGAGCUUGAAGUUGCCCGUUGGUUGGCAUGGGGAAACAUGGGUUCGGGCAUCAUGACCAAUUGGCUCACCCUCCCUAUGGCUCCUUACGACGAUCCCUUCCUUGUUAUGCUUCGCCGUGGAGAGUACCCCAAACUCACACGUUACGAGUCUCUGCGGAACGGUCUGUUUGUCGGCGAGAAGGAUGCGAUCAAUGCCGCAGCCCAAGCCGCUCUGAACGAUCCUGUGAAGUUGAAGAAGGCUUCGGACAUCGUCGAUGCGAUUCCCCAGGAGAUGUGGACCGUAGAGAAGCAGGGUGAUGCCAUCGCGCUCUACGACCGUGUAACCAUCAAGGAGAAAUACAAAGAUGUCGCCCAGAAACUCGAAGGCAAGGCAAACGCCGAGGGUCUCAAGGCUUUGGCGCAGUUGAUGAAUUCGCACCUCCACAACACAUGGCAGAGCACCUUUGAAGAUGGCGUCGUCGUCGUCAAGCCCGUUCCAGCGCACAUGACCGCCUUGACCGAAGAAGCCAUUGACAUCGCGCGCAACCUGACGCAGUGUUCCGAAUCACCCAUGCCAGCCUCCCAUCCGCCCAACCGCAACUACAAGCCCUGCAUCGCCUCGACGCCCAUGAAGGUCAAGAUCCUGCCCACCUACCGCAACACCAGCAAGCUCUUCAACAUCGGCACCGUCCCGCAUCCCUACACCUUCCUCUCGCUCAACCACCAGCGCGACUCCCUCGACGCGCGCUUCCUCCGCCGCGAAGUCAAAGAACGCAACCUCUGGCUCACGUCAGCCACCAAGGAGCUCCUCGGCUCGGGCAAGAGCGCCUCGAUGCGCAUCACGCACUUCAAGGAGGCCGUCGCCGCGGAGCGCAACGCGCAGCGCUCGCUCUGGCUCACGGCCGAGCGCGAGUCCCAAAAGGACCUCAACUGGAUCUUCGGCUUCAACCUGCCCAACUCGCCCCCGGACGACGGCAAGUCGGAGACGCCCGUGCCCGGCCCCGAGCGCCGGCCCCCGCCGCCCAAGCCCGACGGGCCCGUCCCCACCGAGCAGGAGCUCGGCCGCGAGCGCGAGCUCCUCCGCAAGGCCCGCGACGCCAUCAAGAGCAAGGUCAAGGAGAUGGUCCGCGUCAAGGAGGCGGUCGAGGCGUGGAACAUUGCCGACGCCGAGGCGUGGCGGUUCGCGAGGGCCUUCUCGGCGCGCAGGCGCAUGGAGCGGUUGGUGUGGGAGGAGGAGGAGAGCGACUUUGCUGGCGCGGAGAGGAGGAAGGGAAGCAGUUGGGGAAGGUGGUUCGAUAAGGAUAACUGA